GAGAUAUAUAACAGAAGUUUAUCUUGUGUUAAGCUUCAGUGUUUUUUUACAUUUCUCUAAGUUUUCCGGUAUUUGUGUGGUUUUUGUAUAAUAAAUCACCAAAAAAGAAAAAAACCAAGUGUCUUAUACAAAAGAUUAGCAAAAUAAAAGAAAAAAGUUUAAAAAAGAUACAAAAAAGUUCAAAGUGCUAAGUGAGAAUUUACCAUAACACCGUUGUUGCUCUUUAAGCUAGAUUUCGCUGAGUUCAGAUAAUAUUUCUACGUCUCCACUUUUCUGUUUUUUUUUUGUAACUCUUUUAUAUUUGAAAGUGAGUGAUCAUCAGUUUUUAUUGUUGUUGUUUUUUUGUUGCUUUGACCGUCCGCGAAAGUUGUAAAUCAAGAAAAGUACCGAAAACAAAUUUUAAUUCCUAUGCAAAAUGGAUAGUUGCUGCUGAUUCAUCAUAUAUCACUUAACUGGCGCCCGGGUUGAACUCAAAAACAUAGUUUUGACCUUUUAUUUAUAACAACACUGUGUUUUUGUUAUUUUGGAUAAGUAGCUGUCAUCGGAGAAGAUUGAAAAAUCAUCAAGAUGAUUGAAAAAAUGAAUUCAUUCUACACCAACACUGAUUACGAUGUCCCGGCCUUCACUAAGCGGAUAAAUAAGAAAAUUUACGCGAAAGCUAUUUACGAUAAUCUAGCUGACACUCCUGAUGAAUUGGCAUUCAAAAAAGGUGACAUCCUGACUGUUAUCGAACAAGAUUCUGACGGUUGUGAAGGAUGGUGGCUGUGUACGGUUCGUGGUCGUCAGGGCAUCUGUCCAGGAAACCGUUUACGUAUAAUCAACUCAUAUGACUCUGGUUGCUUCUCACCAUCGCCAGCAUCGUCACCGUGUCCAUCAUUGGGCGCAUCAACAGCGACACUCAACAGUUCGAUAUCAUCGUCGGAAAUCUAUGAGAACUCUUCAAUCAUAAGCGGCUGUACCCAGAACCAAUUAUCAUCAUUGCACCACCAUCAUCAACAACAGCAACAGCAGCAUCAACAGCAACAACAACAAUUCCAACAACAACAUCAACAUAACAUUCAGCAUCAACUCCAUCAGAAGAGUCAAAGCAAAAGAAGGUCGUGGCAUACAACGCCACAUAAGGUAAUCACACCCCAGAGACAUGGUGACGUUUAUGUGUACAAUUCAGUCCCAUCAUCGGCAGCUUCCUCGCACACGUCAAGCAGUAGUUGUAGCAAUAGCACCUACCAAAACCUAUCUAUGAUGUCCUCGGACUCAUUCGAGACAUACGACGUACCAAAGCCAGCAACCCCCAUAAAUUACGAUUGUCCAAAGAAUUGGUGUCGAACACCAACUAAAUAUUUUGACCAAAUGUCCACCACCACAACAACCCCCACAUCCGGUAUGACGAAGGUGCAUCAACAUUCGAUGGGCAACAAUGCCUCGUCACUGCAAGAAGAAUGUUACGAUGUACCGAAGCCGAUAAAUCUGUUGCAUCAACAGAAUAUGACACCGAGCAGUUCAAAUUCGUCGCUACUUACAUCCGAUAGUUUGAGCUUAUCGUUUUCUUCUUCGAAUCGAUCGUCGUUGGCAAAUAUGCCAGACUAUGAUAUACCGAGAAAGAAUCCGAUUGCGGUACGAAAUGGUCAUCAUGUGAAUCUUAAUUUACAGCAGCAACAACAACAACAUCAUAUGAUGCAACAACAACAACAAAACACAUAUGACUAUCCGUUGCCUGCAGCAGUUGCGCAUGCGGGCGGCGGCGGUGGUAAUGGGAUUUGUACGUCGACGACGACGACGACACCAUUGCAAGACAAACAUUCACUAUCACUAUCGGCGGCAUCUCCAAUUCCAGCUGUUACCAAAGAAUUACCAUUAGAAUUAUCGUCGGCGUUGGAGACUCUGGCGAAGUUGCAAAAUGAAGCAACUACAGCGAUAUCGAGAUUACUUUACUUUGUUACACAAAAUUGGAGAAAUCGCGAGAAACUCGAACCAGUUGUAAUGGAAGUUAAAUUAGCCGCCGUAAGACUUCGAACAGCCCUGCAUGAUCUCACCGAAUUCGGAGAAGGAGCACUUGGUAAUGCAGCACGUUCGGAAGAUCGCAAUUUAUCCCUUAAACUACGUCCUCUAGUCAAAGCUCUUCGAGAUGCUGAUAAACUAAUUCAUGAAUCCUCACAAACUCUAGACAACCAAGGUGGUUGGACAACGGAAAAUCUUCAACGAAAUGACGAUCGAACUAAUUAUCCUCCCGAUAGUUUAGAUCAGCUGAUUGCUUGUGCACAAACGUCAAUUGAGGAUGUGAGACAGACAACGUCAUUUAUUCAAGGCAAUGCGCCAUUGUUGUUCAAAAGAAGUCUUGAAAUUAUAGAAACCCCAACACACGAGAACAACAACAGUGAUUGGUUGAGUGAUAAUGAUUACGUGGACUUGGAGUCAAAAGAUGCAGCAGCUAAGAAAAAUUCAUCUCUCCGUGAGGCUAUUCCACAAAAUCUCCAAAAGAAGUUCGAUAAUGUGUUGAAAUCAGCUGAAGAAGCUGCUUUUGCCGCCACUGACAGCCGAAACAAUGAAUUGAAUACAAAUGACAAGCUACUGGUGAGGUAUUAUGCCGCUCAGAUUACAACGCACAUGGGUUACUUGACCCAAGCUAUAGACUCGUUCCUAGAGACUGUGGAGAAGAAUCAACCGCCAAAGUUCUUUAUUGCCUAUGGUAAAUUUGUUGUCCUGAGUGCGCACAAUCUUGUGACCAUCGGGGAUAUUGUCCAUCGAAAUAUUUCGAAGCCGGAAUUGAAAGAGAAGGUCUUGAGGUGUACCGACGCCCUUUCGGAUGCUUUGAAGACUUGUGUUACAAAAUCAAAGAAGGCAGCACAACAUUUUCCCAGUGUAACAGCAGUUCAGGAAAUGGUCGAUUCAGUGGUUGAUAUAUCACAUUUGGCCAGUGCUCUUAAGAUAUCUAUGCUCAAGGCAGUGCAAUUAACAAAAACUUAAAGGGGCUUUAAGAGUAUUACAUAUGUAUAAAUAUAUUGUUUUAACAAACUGCGCCACGGGAUGGGCAUAAAGAAGAGUUGUGUCCCCCUCUGAUUUUUUCUAGCUACAGCAAAAGCAUUCAGAAAAGUCUUCCAAACAGAGUCAAAUAAUAGAAUGUAUGCAGUUUAAGAAGUAAUGACAGCUAAUUUGACAUUUGCUCCCGCUAUUCCAAUGGAAUAAUUUGUUGUGUCUAUGCAUUAGUACCUGCAUUUCGUACAAGCUACAAGUCGUGUAUAGAACAAAGAAUCACUAAUUCUGCAUUUUUAAUAGAACUGGGCAUAAUUUCUGACAGAAAGUAAUGUCACCAAAUUGACAGAUUCGUAAAACAUCCUUCUGUCAUAUGGUCAUCAGAGAUGUAAGUUGCAGUUGUCUCUUCUUUGGCUACAAACAAGAUGGCGUGUAGCUUAGAGCAAACAAAAUGGCUUGAAUUUGUCAAAAAAAUGAUAUUUUGUGAGUCUUCUUUGAAAAGUGCAAAACAAAAUGGGAGGAAAUGGCAGUUUGGCUGACAUUACAAAAAUAUCAACUAUGCUUGCGUAAAAAGCUUAUAAUUUACAUAUUUUAAAAAAAAAAUUGUAAUAAUUUCUUUAUUAUAUAAAUUUAUAUUUGUGAUAUGUUAAGAUUAAUCUAAAAAAAAACAGCUAGCAUUACUAAAAAAUUGAUAAAAGAUAAAAUAAACAAUAAUUUUACUAUCCUCAGUUCGAGUUUAAUGAUUUUAAAGUUUACUUCUUGUAAAUAAAUACUUAAGCACUUUAAAAUAAAAGAUGUUACCAUCUAUUGAACAGAAAAAAAAGUAUUCAAAUUCAAAAUGUAAUUAUUUUGUUUAAUUUGUUAUUAAUAAAACAAUAUACCUACCUUUAUUCUAAAACAUUAAAAUGCUUGUAGAAGCGGCAGCCACAUAAAAUAUUGAAGAAGUAAUUUAAAAAUGCUUUGCAAUAAUUGUAAAUAAAUAUUUUUGUUUUAAUUUUAAAAUCAUUUUGUUUAAUUUUAAGUUUAAAUAAUACAUACAUAUACAUUAUAAAAAAAAUAAUUAUAGUGGUAUAAAUAGUCAUAUUUAUUAGAAAUAUCUAUUAAUCAUUAUUUUAAAUAAUAAAAUUAAAGUAUAAAACGCAUUGUAUAAAAAAA